CCAGCCCCAGCCCCCAGGCCAGGCCCCAGUCCUCAGUGUGGAGUGAUGGAGCUGCCCCGUGUUGGGAACUGCAGAGCCAGGCGACGAACAACCCUGCUGCUGAUGUGACGGAGACACGCAAGAUGGGGGUGGGGGGAGUGGUGGGAGGGCCGGAACAGACCCAGGAACACUCCUACCUGGACAUGGACUCCUACCACAACAACGCUGGGAAUCUUAACUUGAGCCAGACGUCUCCAGAGUUGCCCCCCACCACUGAGGGGGGAGCCGCCCCGCCCCACAAAGACCUGUCCAACGCCCACUCCCAGCAGCAGGUCACUGCACGUACAGAGCAGCUAGUGGUGAAGAUCCUGAAGGCUGUAGACCUGGCUGCCAAGGACGCCAAUGGCUUCUCAGACCCCUACGUCAAGAUCUACCUACUGCCAGACAGGAAGAAGUUCCAGACCAAGGUCCACAGAAAGACCCUGAACACGAUAUUCAACGAGACGUUCCUGUUUGGCAUGCCCCUGGCAGAGCUGCACUCCCGGAAGCUGCACUUCUCCGUCUGCGACUUUGACCGCUUCUCCAGACACGACCUGAUUGGCCAGGUGGUGGUGGACAACCUGCUGGACUUCAGCGAGGGCACCGGGGAGAAGCCUGUCUGGAGGGACAUUGUGGGAGUGCACUGCGGUGAGAGAGAGAGCCCUGCCUGACACCAUAAUGCCAACGCAAUGCCACCACUAUGUUACCAUGAUUAUACCACUAUAAUUCCACUACUAUGCCACUAUAAUUCCACUACUAUGCCACUAUAAUUCCACUACUAUGCCACUAUAA